AGAGUGAAACUUGACUGAGCUCCACAGAUUGUGUCAUGCCUCAGAGCACCGGUGUGUUAUUAAUGGAAAUAUGGAUAUUAAUGGCAGGGCUUGUCAUGAUCCUGGGCCGGCUCUACCAGCCAAUCUGCGUUUCCCUCACCAGGCCACGCCUCUGCUUUAGACCACGCCCACUCCAUCUCACCUCAGUAGACUCCUGGCAAUCAGUUCAAUUCCUCACACCUGUGCCUGCCCUCUGCUCCCUUCAUACACUUAUAUACAGGUAUAUGAAGGACUCUGCCUCCUGUUAGUUGUGCUGCCUGUAAGAAGUGCAAAGGCACCCGUCAUUAAUUCAUGUUUGUCUUAGCUUGUUUUGUCAGCCAUGUAGCCUCACGUGCUCAAUUGCGUUAAUCUCAUAGGCCAUAGCCCAUUGUUUUGUAGCCCAUGUUGCUGAUGUUAGCCAUGCGUUGCGCUGCAUAUAAGACGUGCAUUGGCACCCCUCGCUAAUUCUGUUUAGUCACGUUGUUCAUGUUGGUUACGCUAUGCUCUAGCCGCGUUGUCCAUACCCGGGCACGCUCUAGUCAUGUUUUGUUAAUACUAUGCCUUAGCUUUUUUGCUAGUUUCCUUAGUUCUCCAUUCAUUGUUGCUAACUUUUUUCCUCCUGGAAUAUUUUGUUUAGUUUCAAAGGAGUGUUUUGUGUUGUUGGUUGAAAGACCAGCUUCAUUUUUAUGACAGUCACAGACUGAGCUGGUGCUGGAGCAUGUGAUGGAGGAUGCUAAUAGUAAAGGGGUCUUAUACAAACCGACAAAGAAGUGUCUUCUCCUCUACUUGGUCUGUCUUUUGCUGCUCUGUCUUUUCAACGGAUGGCCUCGUUUACGCUCGCCUUCCAAUAAUCCCUCCACCGUCCAAAACAGCAGCAGCAGGAACGUGACCAUCCUGCUGUGGCACUGGCCCUUCAACCAAUGCUCCAGCCUGCAGGGUGAUGUGUGCUGGGACCUCUACCACGUACCCGGCUGUAGACUGGUGGACCAGCGCUCCCUGUUCUCCUCAGCAGACGUGGUGGUCUUCCACCACAGAGAGCUGGAGCAGGGCCGACAGAAGCUGCCCCUGACCCUGCCCCGGCCAAAGGGCCAGAGGUGGGCGUGGAUGUCCCUGGAGGCCCCUGCUAAUAAUCGAAAUCUCAAACAGUUUGCAAAUGUCUUCAACAUCACCAUAAGCUACAAAAGGAACGCUGACGUCACUGUACCUUAUGGCGAGGUGCUGGCAAAGCAGGCUGAAACGCCGGUGGUGGAAGACAGCUCUCUGAAUAAGGAGUCUCUGGUGUGCUGGGUGGUCAGCAAGUACAAGGAGUGGCACACGAGAAGCAAAGUUUACAUCAAGCUGAACGCUACGCUUCCGGUGAAGGUUUACGGGGGCUGGAACAAGAAGCCGCUCUCCUCUGGCGACCUGCUGCCGACCAUAUCUCGCUGCUACUUCUAUCUGGCGUUCGAGAACUCCGUGGCCAGUGACUACAUCACAGAGAAGCUGUGGAGGAACGCGUACAUGGCUGGAGCGGUGCCCGUGGUCCUGGGACCCCCACCGAGCCAUUACAAAGCCGUGGCUCCUCCUCAUUCCUUCAUCCACGUGGAUGACUUUGCGUCGGUGGAGGAGUUAGGGGAACAUCUGCAGCAGCUGGCACAGGACAAGAAACGCUACUCUGAGUACUUCACCUGGAAGCAAAAGUGGAAAGUGACACUAAUAACAGACUGGAGGGAGAGACUGUGUAAGAUCUGUACACUGUACAACACUUUACCUCAGCAGAGAGUUUACACCGACCUAGAGGCCUGGGUCAAAGCCUGAGAAUGAAUGUUUAAUGAGUGGGAAAUUGUCAAGACAUUAUAUUUGAUUACAUUACUUUCUGAUUAAGAUGAGAUGUGUUGACUCUGACCGCCAUGUAGUGAAGUCGACCCAUGUGGAGUUGGUUUUGCUGAUCAGACUUAGAAUUAGAUAGAGAUUUUAAGUGACAUAAAUCCUCAGCACUUUAUCAAUCCAGUGUCCACUUCACCUUCCUGCUGCUAGACACAAACCUGUGUAUUUCCCCAAAACUAGUCCAUUUAAAGCAGGUAGUAGGAUACGAAUGGCCUAAAUGUGCAAUGAGUGACAGGUUAGAAUGUACGUACUGUAAAACAAGAGAAGCCAGCAGCAGCAGCCCUGUCGCAGCCAGGAGGCCUUUGAGGAGAAACAGCGCCCCCCACUGGCCGAGCAGCAGCAUAAACAUUUUUACUGUAUCAAGGACUGUUGUCAACUUCGCGUCAAGUGACUGUAUGAACCACGCACCAAAUCAUUAAACAGACAGCACACUGAAGUUGGGUGCGUGCACGUCGGCACACUAGUUUAUUUUUGGUUUGGGUUAAACAUGUGCAAGUGUACUGUAUGAAAGGCAUCAGGCUCAGUGUAACCAGCUUUUCAAUAAAUUAUUCAAAACAAAGA